GAGAGAGAGAGAGAAAGAGUAGAGCACCUCAGUCUGCUGCAGGGAGAGACCAUGGGGGCUCUGACAGGGCUUCUCUCUGCACUAGUCGCUCUGCUAUGGACCCUCCCUCCAGGGUCAUUGGGUGAGGAAUGCAGUAGUUUCAGACACGUGGAGAACGGUAGAACAUUCUUCCGUUACAGCGGGCUGUAUGUAGCGUUCACCUGUAACCCUGGCUAUAAGAUCCAUGGAUAUAGAACCAACAGCUGUGUGUCUGGACAGUGGACCAGGGAACCUCCCGUGUGUGUUGAGUCUGAUAUGAUGAGGUCAUGGAAGCAGAAAGAGCCCACCGUCCCGAUGCCCAGGAUCCAGAGCCAGAACCUUGCCGUGCUGUCUGCUCUGAAGAACCACCUACAGCUUCACUACAAUACCAUCGCUAACACCGCCUCCAAGCCCGUGUUGCUGGCCAACGCACCACCUAAAGACCCCCACACCCACCUAAAAGACCCACACUCCAUAGACCGCAGCACCAAAGCUCACCAUGUGGAGGAGAAUUUGAAAGACACCAGGGAUCUAACAGACAGAGAAGGGGCCCCUGAGAAGCCCACUAGACCUCAGGCCUCCACAUCCUCCUCUGCUACUACAGAGACCAUUACUUCCACAUCCAGCCUGCUGGUCGCUGAAGGGUAUUGGCACCAGGGGGCCUCUAUAGCCCAGACUAUGCAGGAGGAUUCAUUACCCAGGAAGGGGGUGCUGACAGGGGCCACCCAGUUGGAGCCUGGCCAGGGCGUUACGGAGCCAGCAGAUGUGAGCAGCACAAACACACAGGAGCCCCGUCCUCAGAGACCCACUGAGACCAGCUCCACAAGCUUCAUCAACUCCAGCAACACCACCAGCCACUGGGUCAAUGGAACAGACACGUUUGGUCAUCACAUCCAAGUGAAGGAGACUGCAUCAUUAUCUGACGAUGAUGAUGAUGAUGGUGGUGAAACUCAUCGACGCAACGUGACCUCUCCGGAUCGGGCAUCAAACGGGUCACAGGACAAUGAAACCGACACAAGUGACAGUCAUCACAGUCAGGCGAACGAGACGUCAUCGUCGCCAUUGUCCGGCGAUGAUGGUGAAACGUCUCGACACAAUGAGACCUCCUCGUAUCUGUCUUUAAACAGGUCAGACCAGCAUCUUAUUAAGGAUGCUACAAACACAGAGGAGCUGCCCAGGCCUGUGACCCUAAACAGGCGUCCGCUGUGCCCUUACCCUCCCCUGCCAGCUCAUGGCACCUUCUACUUCCGUCCGGUAGACAACCCCGGUCCCCGGGACUACAAACACUACAUCCAGUACGCCUGCUAUGCAGGGUACACCCUGGCCCACGGGGAUAUCCACAGCUACUGUCUGCAGGCUGGACGGUGGAGUGGUCUCACCCCGGUCUGCUUGGAGGUGACCCCCUGCGCCCUGAACAACGGAGGCUGUUCCCAGCUGUGUAGUGUGAACCAGGAACAAGCUCAGUGUCACUGCGGACCAGGCUUCAUCCUGUUAGAGGAUCACCGUACCUGUAGAGAUGUGGAUGAGUGUGUGGAGGGCCAGCAGCAACAGCGCUGCCAGCAGACCUGCGUCAACACCUUCGGCUCGUUCCGCUGCUCUUGCCCCUACGGACACACCCUGGCUGGGGACGGAAGGGCCUGUGUGGCUGAGUGUCCCGCAGGGUACAGGAAACAACCCUCAACCCCGAUACCUGGAGGAAACCUGUCCAGAAAGGAGUGUGUAGACAUCAAUGAAUGUGAGGAGCCAGAGGUCAGUGUACCUGGACACCGGUGUCAGUGGAAGUGUGUGAACCUGCCUGGCUCCCACCGCUGUAUCUGUCCCAGAGGCUACAAACUGUCCUCAGACAGACACCACUGCAGAGGUGAGAUGACUACACAUCCAUACUAACACAC